AUGGGCCAGCUGCCUGUUGGUGUUCGGUGUUGUCAGCAGCCAAAUUUGUCACUAACCAAAUGGCGCGCUUUUAUUUUCAUUUUUACCCUUUUUAUCUACACUACUUUUCAUGCUUCCCGUAAGCCUAUAAGUGUUGUCAAAUCUGUUCUUCAUCCAAACUGUACUGAAAUCGCUCUUAAAGAGAAUAAAACAAUCACUCCAGAAAAUGCAACAUUUUGUAUGUGGAAGCCGUUUGAUACGAAUGAUUACAAUGCCUUGUUAGGAUAUCUUGACUUAUCGUUUCUUCUUUCCUAUGCUUUGGGCAUGUUUUUCCUUGGACAAGUAGCAGAGAGAAUAAUUUGUGGAUUCUUUCAAUCAUCUGGGUGGCCCGCUGUAGUUACCAUCAUGGGGAACUGGUUUGGAAAAAGCAAUAAAUCGGGCAAUAUCAAUUCAAAUGGUGUUCCAAAAUUAGAACUAUCUAGCAAUUUUGAUGAUGAUGACGUGUAA